UUUGUGACACGCGUUGACAAUGUCGCUCGUUUUUUGUGUGUUUUUGACGAUUUUAAUCAAAAAUUCUGAAUCUCACUUCUUUCCAAUUCAUCACAGAUUCGGAAAAUUCACUCGAAAUCCCGCGAGUCAUACAUUUUUCUCAACAGGAUCGUUCUCGAGUGGCUCAAAUCACUUUUUUAUUGGACCAACAUUCCCGCAAUCUCAACAUUUUGACAUUAAACAACCUUUUUCGACGGAUAGCAGGCAAGAAUGGGGUCAUGAGAGCCUUUCAGUGAACCAAUGUGACUUCAAUAUCGAAGAUUUUCGUGAAAAUCGACCCAAAAACCCGUCUGUUGUGUGUAAAUGGGGUCAAGAAAUCAUCAUUGAACGUCAUUCGCGAAGGAAAUUUUGGUGCAUUGGAUAUUUACCGCCCGCCGCAAGACGAAAAAUGAGAAAUCGAAGGAGUAAAGAUGUUUUGACGGUCAAAUUUGAUCGAGGAUAUCGAUUGGGAUACUCCCCCGGAGGAAUGUACGUUCAAAGCUCCCGAGAUUUGGUCGAAAAUUUUCACUUGGAUCCAAAUUCCUUGAACAAAAUCAUCAUCAAGGGUUCAUUUCGAGGCUUUCCUGACAUCGAAAAUGUUGAAUUUAAUGGAAAUCCGAUCUGCGAUCACCCGGUUGAAGGGAAAAAACGUUCAUCAGAGCUUCCAGUGAGACAUUCCUCUCCUCAAAAUAUUUGCGGGACACGACAAUUGUAUCAUUCGGAGCUAAUUUCCCAUGGAGACGAAGCAAAAUCUGGCGAUUGGCCUUUUCAUGCGUCAAUUUUUCACACUUCCAUCCGAACUUUUCAGUAUAAAUGCGGCGGGACGAUCAUCAGCGAUACUUUUAUUCUCACCGCAGCGCAUUGUGUGUUGGAGCACGGCAAUCUACUCAUCCCGGAAAGGAUAAAAGUGCACUUGGGACGUCAUAAUUUGAAAGUUUUUGAUCAAAACUCGCAGGAAUUUAGCGUUUUUCGCAUCAUUUGUCACGAAAACUUCAAUCGAGAGACCGUUCGACACGACAUUGCUUUGUUAAAGUUGAGCACAAGUGUCAUUUUUACGAAAUUUAUUCAACCAGCGUGUUUGCCUUUAGAAAAUUUUGACAUUUCAGAUCAAGUUGGAACAGUAAUUGGCUUUGGGAGGACCGAAAAAGGCGAAUUAUCGAAUGUUUUGCGCGAGGCAAAGAUGAAAGUGCCCAAAACGAUGGCUUGUCUCGACAGCAAUCGGGAUUUUUAUGGAUUAUUUUUGUACGAUGGGAAUUUCUGUGCGGGAGAAUUGGAUGCGAAGAAAGCUGCUUGCUCGGGAGAUUCGGGCGGCGGAAUGUAUUUCAAAAUAAAUGAUUUGUGGGUAGUACGAGGCAUUGUUUCGGUUGGCAUGAGAAAUGAGGAAAAGGAGGAAGGAUGUUCGCCGGAUAGUUAUGUGCUUUAUACCGACAUUUACAAACACUUGACAUGGUUGUUGGAAAAAAUUCAAUAAAAAAAUGACGAAA